GUGAAAUUGGCAGCAGUAUGGUGUGCUUACAGAAGAGCCUUGAGACACUGAGGAUACCCGGGGGCUUUCUCUGCAACACAGAACAGAGAAGCACAGGACACUAGCAGGCAGUGGAAACAGACCAUCGGGCUGAGAAGGUGUAUGCAGUCAUUGUCUUGCUGUACGAACAGACUUCAUGUGAUGUGAGCCCUGCUCCGAUGAACCCUCUCUCACAGUCACACUCCGUUCCCCUAGCAGAAGGAAUAUGCCGUACCAUAUUGGACAUGAAUGCAAACCAUGUGGUAGUCACGCAGGAAGCUUUAAUGGAGCAGUUAGACAAAAACUAUCCAGGCAUUACGCUUCCCUCCCACAAAACCUUACAUAAGAUUCUUGGCACUCUAAUUAAAGAAAGAAAAAUCUAUCAUACAGGAGAAGGAUACUUCAUUGUGACUCCCAGCACAUACUUUAUCCCAAGUGACACCAUAGAAGACAAGAGAGAGGUCCCCCCAUUGGAGAAGAGUUGUUGCUGUUCAUCACCUUCCAUCAUUUACCUGGUAAACUUUGAGUGCUGUGCAGACCUGAUGAAAGAAAAUGUUUCUGCAGUGUCUCAUUACAGAUCCUGCUAUUGUUUCCCCGACCAGAAUAUGCUUGGUGUAAAACAAUGGCACCUAAUGAACCAUGAACCUAAUGGAAGAGGGAGGAAAGGCUGCAAUGAACUUAAGCCUUCCAUUCAAACUCAAGGAAUCGCCACAUCUGCUGAAAAACAUUCCUGGGACACAAUCAGAUCCCUGACAUCUGUGAAAGAGAAACUGAAAAGCAAAAGGUUUGGCCUUGGCCUUUUCUGGAGAAGUGCUUCUAAAAAAGAAAAAAUGAAGAAGGUGUACUCCACUUUUUCAGCCCAGUUUCCACCUAAGGAGUGGCCAGUCAGGGAUGAAGAGGACUUAGAUAAUAUUCCACGUGAUAUUGAACAUGAAAUCAUCAAGCAUAUUAACCCUACCCUUACAAUUGACAAUUUGAUUAAACACACAAUAUUAAUGCAGAAAUUUGAGGAGCAGAAAAAAUAUACUAGUGAUGGUACCUUGGCUGAAGCAUCAAUACGCAGGCAAAAGCAUCCUUCAGAGGAUUAUAGUCCAAAGAUGGAAAGUAAACCAUCAAAACACACCUGUAAAAACAAAUCAAAGAAAGAGAAGCACAUUAGCAGAAGCAACAGGAAACCUCAUAUCCAUGAGCUAACAUCCGAAAGUGCAAAACUGGAAGAGAACCCUUCACUGCCUAUCAGAAAUCAAGAGCCAUCCAACAUAGCAGUGGAAUCCCAUGUCAUAUAUAAAAAACAAAUCAAGAACCCUUUUCAGGGUCUGUCACGAAGACACAGCUUUCAUGCAAAGGGAUACAAAAGCAUUGCUAACAAACAGAUCAAGUCCAGGACUCGAAAGCAAGAAAGGGCUUUUCAAAAGCCACAGUCCUUGAACUCCCCCAAAAUCUUUGACUACAAAAAUGAAGAGCUGGCUAUGGAAAAGCAGACUUACAUAGCUAAGCACAAUGUACUACUCCACCCUAGCAGGUCUUCCCUCCAACUAAGGAUAGACAGUUUACGUGGAAACUUCAAUUAUCCCCAAGGCAGUAUUUUGCAAACAGAUAAUAAAAGUAAAUGCUUUCUGGAGAGUAAUAUUUCUGAAGAAAACAUCUACAGGAGAAAAGUCCAAAAUGAUCCAGAGGACGCUAUAAAAUCCCCUUGCUCCUACGCUGAAGAUGAGAGUGUAUGCAAAGAAGAUGCACAAGUUUCAUUACAUUCGAAAGAUGAGUGUUGCAGGAGCAAAGCUGAUGCUGUAUGUGAGUUAGUAGAUCAGACAGCAAAAGAAUUUAAAAAUGUCUGUCUUUCAAAUUAUACUGCCAAAGUUAACAUGGUAAGAAAAAAAGGUAAGAAAUACAGACAAAAGACUGAUGAAAAGAGUGAACUUGUAUUUAAAUAUGACUGUGCCAGCCAUCCACGAUCAGUGAAGCUGGAAAGUGAAGGAUUUACUGACAACUGUCAUCUUCUGUACCAAAAAGCACAGGAUGGUAACAUCUGUAACUCAUUACAUCUGGAUGACAAUUUUGAACUAUGUCACCUGCCUCCUGGCCAUGCUCUUUCAACUACAAGAGACAGCAGUGCAGCUGUGCAAAGGCUGUACCUAAAAAACUGUAAGGUUAAUACUUACCCUGCCCAGCACAACACAACUGUAAGUAAAGAUGUCUCAGGAGAACAUGUUUGUAAGGAAAGUGUUAGUUUUGCAGAAUCAAUAAAUGGCUCAAAAGAGCAUCCAAACACAGACUUCCCAGAAAGAAGUCGUUUGUGCAGUCAAGUUCUUCCAACAGGUCACAGAAAGGAAUUAGAAACUGGCCUGAAUAACUGUAUGAUGGCUCCAGCUGCAGCAGAUUUCUGCCCAGCUAAUGAGGCUGACUCAGAUGCUGAUGCUUUGCAGAACUUCGCCUAUGAGAUGGGCACAGUAGUAGCUUGCUGUGUUUUGGGCUCACAGGCUGAACAAGCAAGAAACCUUCUGGGGAAAGAUCUAUUUGUUAAGGAUGCUUGCACUGUGACACCAGGACAGAAGCACCCAGAAGGGAUGGAAAACCACAGCAUUACAGGAGACAGUGGAAUUGACUCCCCAAGGGGAGGUGCUCCAGACCACUGAUCAUCUUCAUGGCCUUCCUUUGGACCCACACAGAUACUUUCUGAUCUGUGUCCUCUUUGUGAUAAGGGUCCUAGAGCUGGACAUAGUCCUCCAGGUGAGGUCUUACCAGAGCAGAGCAGAAGUGGUAAAAUCACCUCUCCUGAUCUACUGGCCACUCUGCUUUUGAUACAGGCCAAUUCUGCCAUGUAAUUUUAUAUGAGUACUACCCCUAAAUCAGCUGUACAAAUGUUGCUGUUUAUAUUCAUAUUUUGCAUCAAUUUGCAAGAAAAUAUUUGAGUUCUGCCUUGCAGAUGGAAAUGGCUAAGUGCAGAAAUGCUAAGAAAUAUGGCAAUUGAUAAACUCAGUGUUAAACGUGAUGAUUGACAAACUCCUGUUAGCAGACAGGUUCAGAUGCAUGUGACAUUACAGACAUUGUCACACUUUCCCCAGAUGUAGGUGAAGACUAAGAAGAACUUUAAGGAGGUGCUCAAUCAAAACUUAAAGUAUAAAAAUACCACCUGACUUGCUGACAACAGACAGGAAAAUGUGUACAUCACAUAGGGUAACUAUACUUGAAAAAAAAACUAAAUUGAAACCAAAUUGGUAGGAAACAUUUUUUUUACUCUGUUGCAUGUCAAUAAUACCUAUAAAACUCCUAACUAAAUUAGCAAAAAUGCAAAAUGCUGUGAGGGAAAAAUAGAUCUUUUAGUAACAUCACAAAUUAUGAAACUUAACCAUUUGAGUUUUAGUUUUAGUUAGAUAUCUAUGUAUGGAGGAACAAAUCACACAGUACAUUUUAUGAGGCAGUUCUGGUGUGGGUUUCUUUGAAAUCUGUGGGACACUCUUUAGCAAACUGUAUUUCAAAUGUUCACUUUGAUUGUAUUGUCAUCUGUGGCACCAGAAGCUAAGGCAACUCAGUUAAUUUUUAGAAUGUGUAAUAAUUGUAGUAUUUCAGAUGAACUGACAAGAAGCUUCCUGACAAAUUCUGAGAGUAUAAAGAGGACAAAGCAGAAGGAAAAUUGCAAUGAAAUUCCUUGCUU